AGAGGUUACAUAAGAAGCAGACAGAGCGGCUCUGAGCACUGCGCUGCUCCAGCUGCCUCAUCCUAUCUCUUUAAAUGAGACAGAGCUGGUCCGCUCUGCGUGCGUGCGUGCGUGUGUGUGUGCGUGCGUGCCUAUGUGUGUGGAGGAAGGAGACAUUACGAGAAAAGAGAGGGCCACUCUGUUGUGGAGGAGGAAUAGGCGAUCGAAAACACAACAGAGAGGAUAUUUUUUGCUUGGAUCUGCGCGGUGUAGCAGAGGAGGCUGUGCAUCGGUUCUCUCUAGCUGGACUCGUUCUGAUUUUGGACCUGGAUGCUCUUCUUGUAUCUAUGGGCUCGGUUGGCGCAUCUUUCGCCUCCCUGUAGGAUCUAACGGGCUGGGCUGCCUUCUAAUAAUUGUUUAUUUCGCUCUCUGCGCGCCAGCAACGUUGGGAAAAACGCGAUCGAGAGGCAGCAAUAACAUCGUGCUGAUCAUGGAUUAACGCCAGAGUAAAUUUUCAUCCGAGAGGUUCCCAAUGUUGAACAUGACCACCCCCAGCGAGCUGAAGUCUCCCUGCGUGACUCGCAACGGCAUGGUGAAGUUGCCUCCGAGCCAGCCUAACGGUCUAGGCAGUGCGAGUAUCACCAAGGGGACACCUGCUGCCAAGAACCGUCUGUGCCAGUCCUCCUCGGUACCCUCCAUCCUGCCUCCUCCACCGUCCUCCAUUCCCUACCACCACCACCAUCACCUGGACGGCCCUGGCAUGCUCAACUCAGCAGCCUCUCUCUUGGGCUCUGACAUGGAGCCUGGAAAGCCUCUGGUGGGCUUGAAGCCAUCCCUUCGUCAGCUUCCCCCUCUCAGUCUGCCCAAGCCCAUGCUGCUGGAACGCCAGCUUGUCCUGGAUGAGAAGUUGCUCAACCGAUUGCUCUGGUACUUCACUACAGCUGAAAAAUGUGUGCUGGCGCAGGUAUGUAAGACAUGGCGCAAGGUGCUCUACCAGCCCAAAUUCUGGGAGGGCGUGACACCCAUCUUGCAUGCCAAGGAGCUAUAUACCCUACUGCCUAAUGGGGAGAAGGAGUUUGUCAGUCUGCAGGCCUUCGCCUUGCGUGGCUUCCAGUCUUUCUGCCUAGUGGGUGUCUCAGACCUGGACAUUUGUGAGUUUAUCGACAACUACCCGCUGUCCAAGAAAGGUGUUCGCUCAGUCAGUCUCAAGAGGUCCACCAUCACAGAUGCCGGUUUGGAGGUCAUGUUGGAGCAAAUGCAAGGCCUGAUGCACCUUGAACUGUCAGGCUGCAACGACUUCACAGAGGCCGGCCUGUGGUCCAGUCUGAAUGCCCGACUAACUUCCCUCAGCGUCAGUGACUGCAUUAAUGUGGCAGAUGACGCCAUUGCUGCUAUCUCACAGCUCCUGCCCAACCUAUCAGAGUUGAGCCUGCAGGCCUACCACGUCACUGACACGGCCAUGGCCUACUUCACAGCCAAACAGGGCUACACCACCCACACUCUGCGGCUUCACUCCUGCUGGGAGAUCACCAAUCACGGUGUGGUCAACAUGGUGCACAGCCUUCCCAACCUGACUGCCCUCAGCCUCUCUGGCUGCUCCAAGAUCACUGACGACGGCGUGGAGCUGGUUGCUGAGAAUCUGCGUAAGCUCCGCAUUCUGGACUUGUCCUGGUGCCCUCGGAUCACUGACAUGGCCCUGGAGUACAUUGCCUGUGACCUUCACAAACUGGAAGAACUGGUGUUGGACAGGUGUGUGCGGAUCACAGACACCGGGUUGGGCUACUUGUCCACCAUGUCAUCAUUAAGGAGCCUCUAUCUGCGCUGGUGCUGUCAGGUGCAAGAUUUUGGUCUCCAGCAUUUGUUUGGAAUGAGAAGUCUUCGUCUACUGUCUCUUGCAGGAUGCCCCCUGCUGACCACCACCGGCCUGUCAGGCCUCAUCCAGCUGCAGGAACUGGAGGAGCUGGAGCUGACCAAUUGCCCCGGAGCCACCGCCGAGCUCUUCAAAUAUUACUCCCAGCAUCUGCCCCACUGCAUGGUCAUUGAGUAAGACCACCGACCCACCCCACUGACCAACCGACCGACCGCCAUGAUUUUACCUUCCUCCUCCUUCCUCUUCCUCACUCUUUUCUCAAAUGCUAGUCCGGAGACUGAACUCCCGUGCCACACCGUUCCUCAUUACCUGCCCCCUUCCCCGCCCAUCUUCCUCCACACCCCAUUGAGUAGACUGACCCAUAGGAGGACAGAGAGGCAGGAAGGGCAGAUGUUGGUACAUGCCAGACCCAGAGGAUGAUGGCGUGGCAUUUGAGCUUCAUUUAAGAAGAUGCCGGAGUGAAGAGCUUGGUGUGACGUCUUGUCUGACAGCAAGUCUCUUUUUCAGAAUCAACUAAAGGGUUUUGUUUACAGAGGAGGGCUUCUCGAAAGACUUAAGAUGUUUUUCUUAGGUGAAUGGAUACUGAAGGGAGUGACAUAUCCAGAUGAAGCAUGGAGGAAUUAGAAAAAGGGAAAUAAAGACUUGUGUUUGAGCCGAUACAGUUGGACUCACACAUGCGCUCAUACACUGUAAACACACACACACACACACACACACACUGUAUAUGGUAAGUCAAACAAAUGUAAGUCCUCACGGCCAUGAGUACUGACAUUUCUAUUUCCAUCACUCUGUAUUAUAACUGCUGAUAUUUAUUUCUUAGAAGGUAUCAAAGGUUUAGCUUUCUCUUGUUUAGAGAGACACCAUAAUGCCAGCUGGAGAAACAGUAAUCAGAGAGAACUAAAGGUGCAGUUCAGGAAGUGAAUGACAGGGAUGGAACUUCUCUCUCUCUCUUUUCUCCCUUCCUCUGUGUGAAGUGUGGGUCAUGGACUCACAGGUUCCCGCCUUUUUGGGAUACCACUACCUUUUUCCAUUUCCGUGUCAAUACAAAACAAAGGAGAAUAUUUGAAAAACAUCAGUUUACAUUUUUUUGUGUGUGUUGAAGGCGAUUGGCUCGUCGCUUCACUUUUCCCUCUCUCUUACAUUUUUUGUACACAUAUUUCAUUUACAGAUCCGGAGGACGAGUUGUCGUAAACUGUGAAUGUUGUGUUUCUAAAGGGGAAAUGUUUUGCAGAGGCCGUGCAACAUGAACAAGCAUUCAGUCAAAUGGAAAGCAAAGUGUGCACAAAGCAUCUGACUUGAAGGCUUGAGAGCUUCUGCUGAAGAUAAAAUGCUUUUCACACAAAUGAGUAGAAAACAAGGCGACUUUGGGCCUUAAAGUGACAGUGAUGGUAUUUCUGGACUAAAUAACCUCAGUUAGCAGGGGGCAUGUUGGUGAGGUAGUUUUAUCCAAAUUGGGGGAUAACUGGUCUUGGCAUUAACUCCUUUUUCCUCUUCUUUUCAUCUGUUAAAUACUGAAAGAAACACAUGAUGUUCAGUGAUGGUUCUGAAGCUGCUAAUGCAUUGUGUGACCCCUUUGCUAAGGUCAGGUUACUUCAAACGGUUAAAAAGGGAGGCUGUGGGAUUUCAGUAUUUCAUAUUAGAGCCGUUCUUACAGAGUCCACUACAGGCCUGGGACAGACAUGAGCAGGAGCUAACGGUCCUUGUGUUGUGGCACUUUCUAAAAGAUAAUACGCUUUGCAAGAAUUUCCGAAAUUUUCCUACAAACCCAGAGUCAUAGAAACCUAUGAAUGUCCUUUUUUACGUUUAUGUUUUCAAACCAUGUUCAGCCUAGCUUAGCUCAAUCAGUUGGUGUGAGUGGGAUCUAGUGGCAGCUCCUUUCAGUCCUUAGCCCUACAAUCAAUGGCUGAUCUAACGUCACUAAAAGGCCUUUCCCUCGGCACAAAAACACACCACCACCCACUAACAUCUGGCUUUUGUCUUCAGUGGAAACGGUUAGGUUUGGCAGUCAGCUCCAGCUCCGGUGGGCAGUGAUGGAAACAUGACAGCCGAGUGGAUACGCUCAUUUUCCGGUGCCAUGCUAUUUGACACGCGUUGAAGUGAACAGGGAUUUGGGCAAUUAUUCGAAUUUCUUAACAUAUAAAACAAUACAUUUUCUCUCCAGCCAUCAGACUCUAGUCAGACAACAGUCAUUUUAUCUCCUUGAUCGUCGAAACACACUUCAUUCAAAGUCGACAGAAACAGAAUAAAACGCACCGAAAGCUUGAAUUCCAUUGUUGCAACAAUCAGCAGCUGUGGUUUGGUGGAGAUAAACGCUUAAUGCAAAGAGCUAGGUCCAGAUCAGACAGAGAGCGUUGGGCAGGUUGAGAAAGCGAGGUGUGCCGCACUGCCUUUUGUUUGUUUUCGUCAACCACCAAAUGAGCGCAAACGUUUCUUAACAUAACCAUGAACUAUACACGUCUUUGUUAGUCUUUCCAGUGUUCCAACAAUCACCAGCUCUGGUUUGAGAGUAGACAUUAUAAAAGUAACCGCUGAAGCAUUUUCAUUGUUUACCAACUGUUCCGCCUUCAUGACAUCAGAAGCGGUCCAUCGCCUAUUUGAUUCAGUUCUUCUGUGUGUAAAAAAAACUGCAUCUACACACUUAUUUUGGUGGAAAGAAACGUGUAAAUGUUUGGGCUGUAAUAUUAUGAUAUUUUACUAUCGUCAUUUACAUCAUACAUUCCUAAUAUCACUGCAAACUGAGAAGUGAGUUUAUUUGAAACUUGAAACUGCAAAUUGCCUUUUAAAAGGCAAACCAUUGUUUUUGAAGUAAAUAAAAAUGUGAGCAAAAACACAAAGCAGAAAAUAAGCUGCCAUUGUUCAGGAGUAUGCUCUUGUUGCUUUUCAAACGCUUUAUUUGUUGACUGGCCAAAUGGCAUCCGUGUGAUGUAAAAACAAUUGACUUAAAUGGGAUGUUCCGUCUAUAUUUUGCACAGCGUUUUUUCAGAAGCCUUUAAGACGUGCUUAGGGCCCUUCUGAUGGGCAUCCAGGGUUAUAAACCAACGCUGAUGUUCAGAAUUACGGCAGCGUUCCAAACAGCAUCACAGAGAACAGUUUGAAUCAUUAAGAUAUACUGCACUGGUUCCCAACCUGGGGCUCCUGACCCCUACUUGGGGUCGUAAAAGCUUCAUGUGGGCCGCAAGGCCUUCUUGAUUGUAAGGGGUGUAAGACUUAAAAAAUAUACAGUUGGCCUAAAUCUCAGCAUGUCAUUGAUUUCUGUAAAAAAGAAUCCAAAGUUAAAAAUAACUAUUUCAUUAGGAUAACAGGAUGAGGGGACAGUGAAGACCUGGACAACAGCUACUGUAUAUUCUCAGAGCCUGCCCUCUCUGCUGAACUGCCUCGUCCUGCAUUAGGGGCGAUGUCCACCAAAGCGCCUUCUCCUGAGGCCAGGGUAGUUUUUGAAUUCUUUGCCUCUUAUUCACGCUGCUAAACGAGGCGGUGGAUGUCUAUUCUUCGCCGAGCGCUGAACAUUUGCUGUUUUGUUUUUCAGAGAGUUGAGAAAUGUUAAACUUUGUGUAGAAACCCUGCGCUCGUCACUUCUUACCCAGCCGUCCAAUCACAGUGGAGGAGGGGCGGGACAAAAAGCCUACCACAAAGACCUGAUCAAAUGUGUUUUUCUAUGAGCAUGUUGUGGUCACAUUGUGUAGGCCUAUGUUAUGCUAUUGUUUUUAUGGUUUUUACUGUAGACUUCAAGGCGCACUGGACCAAACCAGUUCCCUCAUGUGGGAUAAUAAUGGUGAUCUGAAUGCAAACAAAACCUAAGAUCUCAUGAGCCACAUAGACUAGCAGGUCUGUCCUCUCUCCCUGCGUGCGUCAUCCAGAGCCACAGCAGCCACUCUACCUCGUGCCCACAUUUUUACUUUCGAGGAUAUUCCGUAUCAUAGCAACCAGACGCAACCAAAGCGCCUCAGCUGAACGAACGCUGUGCCUCCAAAGUGUUCCCAGCUGGGCGAGUUCUCAGCUGGUAAAGAACUGCUUUGGUGGAGACGAGCCCUUAGAAAAGCACACAGUUAAAACAACCAAAGAGCUAAUAGAACAAUGGCCAAAUGUCAGGGAGAAGAAAACCUAUUAAGUAUGCAUUAUUGUUAAAAAUAAAAUACUUAAUACGGACAGCAGUGUAUCAAAAGUUCCUAAAAAACUCUCAUCUCUGAUAUGAUAUUCACAGAAACAAUCUGCUCAAAAAUUCAUCCAAAUGUUUAACCUACACUUCCCACAAUUAUUGUGCUUAGUAUUUUUGGUUUAUUAUAGUAGUGUAUCAGUUGUUCUGUACAGUUGUUAUUAUGCAUUUAAUAUAAUAUGAAAUCUCCAUAAAAUAUGUCAGUCAGGGGUCUUCAGUUUACACAAUGACAGUAAAGGGGUCCUUUACGGUCCUCCAACCGCAAUCUCAAUCACCAUUUGAACAAUUAGGUUUAUUUCACACCUCCAGCCAUUAGUUCUAUUAGCAAUAAUGACACUGGAACCAUAAAGCUACAACAAACUGCAAAGAGACAUUAGCAAUCAGAUGAUCACACAAGCUGUGUUUCCUGUCACAUAUCUUUAAGCACAUUUGGAAGCAUCGCAGUAGAAAUGGCUAAAUUCGAUGAAACUCCCUCAAUCACUUGAGGGGGUUUUGGGCUACAUGGGUUAUGGAAACUCUUUUUCUGAAUACAUUCUGAUAUAGUGAACAUUGAACUCACAUGACUGAUCAGCUGUUUCUGUUGUUGGCUUCUUCUCGGGUAUCCCCACCAUGUGUGAAUGCUUGUCUUGGUCUCCAGACAGCAUGAAACAUGGCCAAUACGAGCUGACAUGAAAGAAUAAUUAAAACAAACUCCUGAAGACUAUUUGACUAUGAUACGUGGGUUAGAUGGCCGGUUCACAACCUCCUUCUGCUGUUUACUGGCUGAUUGCAGCCAUGCCUAAGCUAUAGCGCCAACUUAUUUAUUUCCUUCGAACCAGUUGAUUUGUAUUUAUUUUUACGAUAUUUCUAGAAUUUGAUUAAAAUUCGCUUAACACGGCUACAGGCUGUAAACAAAGCAGGUAGAAACAGGUUAGACCUUUUGAUUCCACAUCCAUAAAGUGACCUAAGCUACGCUCAGCUUAGUAUUCAACAUGCCUUUGUACUGCUGAACUGAUCUUCAUGGUGUCUGACUCUGGGUACGAAGGUGAAAUAGUAAAGUCUCCCAUAAACCAAAGUAUUUAUUUAACAUGGAAAUAAGUUAUUGAUGUUCAAAGGAAAAACAAGUAACUAUAAAGCCAGUAGUCAUGUGUCUUUCCGAUGAUCAUCUGAUAUUGAAAGAAGUGAAUGAGCCCAACAGUGAGCCACUGUGCUGCUUGAUUUGCUGACUGCCAACUGAAGGGAUUGGAUCAGUGCAGCCAGUAUUAGGUUGUGCCAAAUGCAUCUGCAGCAGCGCAUGAAAUGUGUCUGCUUGCCUCUAACGGAUCGCUGACUACACUGAGAAGGUGGGUGAACUGUAUGGACAUGGCAGACCAUGCAUGUUUUUAGUUGGUCUGUGUAGUGUUUAAAGAUGGCUCAUUUUAGAGGUUGCUCUGAAUCUCGUCAUUGUACAUAAGUAUAUUUAUUUAUUUAUCUAUUUAUUUAAAUUAAUUUGUGUCUUAUUCAUGCGAUUUAUUUAUUUUAGAGACAUUUUUCAAAGGAUUUUCUUUUAUGGAACUUGCUUCACAUGUGGGCCUGAAUGAGUUGAUGCAUUGAUUGCUGGUUUUGUUUUUUUAUUAUUAUUUUCUGACAUUUCAGACCCCAAAAUGAAAUGAUGUACUGAUUACACAUUUAAGACACACUCGUUAGACACCAGUGACCAUUAACAUCAUUAACACUGACUUCAAGUUUUGAAAAUGUCACAAUGCACAAGAGUAUAUCUUCUUCUGUGCCAGCGAGCUCCAACUGUGUUUGCUGUUGGAUCCGUCAUGAAGAAUAAGGGGGCAAACAGUGGUGACAAGUUAUAUUUACUGUCAUUGUCCUGAUGGUGGAAAUACAGAGUAUGAUAUACAUAAAGCAUUUGAAGUGAGAGAUUGACCUCUGUCAUUGCUAAGCAAUGUUUACGCUGUCUGCUAACAUGACAAAGAGAAAGAUCUCAGAGGAUGAGGAACUAUGGAAGCUCAUUUCAGACAAGACGAAUGAAGAGAAAAACAAAGUGAUUGAAAGCAGUGUUGAGCAUUUAGCAGUAGCUCUUAGCUUACUAGCUAUGGUAUGGGCGAACCUGAGACUUUAUUCAGUUUCAUGGUGGCCAACACGUCCCAACGUGGCUAACACCACUGCUUGGUCAGUGGCUCUCCACUAUGACACGCUAGCCACCCCUCUAGUGUCUUUUCAAAAUAAACUUUUGUGUUCACAAGAAACUUAGUUUCAGCUCCAAAGUAGGUUUACUUAGUUUCUAGGUUUACUUUGUUAGGUUUAGGAAAAGUACGGAUUUGGAUUUUAAAAAACUGCGUUUGUUAAGUAACUGGUGUUAGCCGAGUACGUAAGUUACGUUUCACAUGGGACGCAAACAGAGGUCUCCUGUGUGAAAGUCUGUUUAUUUGACCCAUCCAACCUAACGCAGACUUUCUGGCUAUCUAAACUACAUCAGUUGCUCUGACCAUCAAACAAUGAGAAGGAUGGGUUUACAGUAGAGUAGAUGCGUCACAUACAGACACUUGAGGGUGCCUUGGUGUGUCGGUAUCAGACGCAGAGUGGCACUGACCAAGCUUCGGUAUUUGUUGAGUUGGGAAUGAAAACAGGUCGGGUGGGAUUUUACAUAGAAGACAACCUGAGGAUGGCAAGCAUGCUGAUAUACUGAGUCUGUUAAUACUGUAACUAUCCUCCUAAGUGGGUACUGAGUGAAUGCUUUCACAUGGAGGAAACAUCCUCUGGGGCUACUCUGAGCUUCAUUGUUUUUAGUUUGGCCAACUCUUCAUUAUCAGUGAUUGGCUGAGUUGGGUGGAAUUCUACAAAAGACUUAAGACAAGUAAUUAGACAGAGAAACGACAAGUGCUUAUCAACAAAUGAAGUAAACAACUGUUUACCUUAUCUUAAUUUCAGUUAGUGUCAGAGCAGCAUGCAACAAUCUAGUAAUUAUACAAGUGUUUUUUCAGACAACUCUGUAAUAUCACUAUUUCAGAGUUAACAAUAAUAAAUUGCUGAGUCACUAAUUGGUCCCAGCCCUACCCUGUCAGCAUAAAAGAUGAUGCAUUGUGCACAAGCAGCACUCGUCCUGCACUCUCAAACCACGACUCACAAUUUGAUCACUGAUCUUGUUCAGUAUUUUUGUUUUUAAUGAGCGUCCAAAGGAUUCAAAUGUAAGUUUACAUAUCAUGAACUCUGACAUGCAGUCGUGCAUUUCUCAGCUACUAACAGCAGACCUCUCUGAGGCACGUUAUCGAAGGUAAAUCAUUCCGUUCACUUAUACUAUUGUCUACAGCCUUUGGUCUACAUCUGUCACCAUUUUGUUACAACCCUUGUACAGCACAACUUUAAGCAGUAAAAUAAAUACUGACAGUUUACUGAUGAUGUUGAAA